AUGGCGAGCCCGGCGCCCGCGGAGCUCGGCGCGGAGGGAUGCCCGGCUCCCGCGGCCGCAGAGCAGGCGCCGCGGGCCCCGCCGCCGCCCCGGGCCGCCCCCGAGGAGCGCGCGGCGGGCGCGGGGCUGCAGGUGCCGGAGGCGGCGGGCGGGGUGGCGGCCGCGGUGAGCUGGCUGCUCGGGGAGCCGGGGCUGUGGCUGGGCGGCCGCGCCGACGAGCUCCUGAGCUGGAAGAGGCCGCGGCGCAGCCUGCUCGGCUUCCUGGCGGCCAACCUGCUGUUCUGGUUCCUCGCGCUGACUCCGUGGAGAGUGUACCACCUGAUUUCUGUCAUGAUACUUGGGCGUGUUAUUAUGCAAAUAAUAAAGGAUAUGGUUUUGUCUAGAGCUAGAGGUGCCCAGCUAUGGAGAAGUCUCAGUGAAAGCUGGGAAGUUGUCAAUUCCAAACCAGAUGAAAGACCCAGGUUCAGCCACUGUAUUGCAGAAUCAUGGAUGAAUUUCAGCCUAUUUCUGCAAGAAAUGUCUCUUUUUAAACAGCAGAGCCCGGGCAAGUUUUGUCUCCUGGUCUGCAGUGUGUGCACAUUUUUUACAAUCUUGGGAAGUUACAUUCCUGGAGUUAUACUCAGCUAUCUGCUGUUGCUGUGUGCAUUUUUGUGUCCACUGUUUAAGUGUAAUGAUAUCGGACAAAAAAUAUACAGCAAAAUCAAGUCAGUUCUGCUGAAGCUAGACUUUGGAAUUGGAGAAUAUAUUAAUCAGAAGAAACGUAAGAGAUCUGAAGCAGAUAAAGAAAAAAGUCACAAAGAUGACAGUGAAUUAGACCUUUCAGCUCUUUGUCCUAAGAUCAGCCUCACGGUUGCCGCCAAAGAGCUGUCUGUGUCGGACACAGACGUAUCCGAGGUCUCCUGGACUGACAAUGGGACCUUCAACCUUUCGGAAGGAUACACUCCACAGACAGACACUUCUGAUGAUCUCGAUCGACCCAGCGAAGAAGUUUUCUCUCGAGACCUUUCCGAUUUUCCAUCUGUAGAAAAUGGCAUGGGAACAAAUGAUGAAGAUGAAUUCAGCCUUGGCUUGCCCACUGAGCAAAGGAGAAGAAAGGAGCAGCUGGACAGCGGUGUGAGAACGAGCAGAGAGAGGCAGUCGGCGGCUGGUCUCAGCCUUCCUCUGAGCAGUGACCAAACCUUUCACCUGAUGCGCAACCUGGCUGGGGACGCCAUCACGGCCGCAGUGACAGCUGCCAUCAAGGAGCAGUUAGAGGGCGCGCAGCAAGCACUCUCUCAGGCUGCCCCCAGCCCAGGAGACGACACAGACACUGAAGAAGGUGAUGACUUUGAACUACUUGACCAGUCAGAGCUUGAUCAAAUUGAGAGUGAGUUGGGACUCUCACAAGACCAAGAAGCAGAAGCACAGCAAAAUAAGAAGUCUUCGGGCUUCCUUUCAAAUCUACUCGGAGGCCAUUAG